CGCCGUGGAUGUGACUUGGUCGGCUCUUGGCGAUUUCGCAGCCACAAUCCCGCAAUAGUUGCCGUGUCGCUCUGCGCCGGAAUGUUGUUCCUUCUCUCCCCGUUCCACGCGCGAUUCAACAGUUGAGUGCGCCGUGCCGUGAGCUGUGCCGCGAACGCCAUCGACAACAAAUAGCCACAGACGAUCCGUUGUCGCGAAAAUCCGUUGGGUUCCAGCGCGAUACUCCGGGACCCGCCAUCGACCGCGACUCCAUCUGCAACCAGUUGCGGAGCGCGGCUCCACGACCAGUCCAAGACGAGGUGAGCCCCCGCGGUCCCCAGCACAGCAGCAGCGGCAACCUGGUCGCGAACGCCAGUCUUGGGAAAAAACUGCAGAACGUCUCGCGAGGAAGAAUCAUUCGUUUCUUGACCGUCGCUCGGAUGGACACCAGCGGACCGCCACUCGGCCACGGAAGCACGGCUCAAACAGGUCCCACGUCUUAACCCUUUUCGUCCAAAACUCCUUCUCCGGGCAGUUGUCCUGCAAGUGAUCGAAUCCUCGCGAGUGUUUCCGACUGCGAUCCUGGCCCCGCAGUUCUGGCGGGAGACUUCCGGACGGGAUUCCUGCGCUCCCCGAGGAAUAGUGAGUUCGCGCGGAUUAAGCCCGUCUUAGUGCAUUGAGCGCGGCUGAGUCGGAUCAAGGGAUUUAGUGGAAGAUUUAGUGAGUCUCGGAUUUUUAUGGUUCGUUCGCGGAUUUUGUGGAUUCUUUCCGGUCUGCCCAGCGGAGUGAAGGUCGGCUCGUCUGAAGUGACCCAGGGACGUCUUGGAUGAUUUGUUUUUGUGGUUUCGGUGCCUCUUGUGGUGCAACGCCUUAAGUAGAGUUACGUGUUCCGCCCGAAUUUUAUUGCGCUGUGAUUGCCAUUGGCCUUUGUGGAGCCCGCAACGGUCCAGGAGGACCUGCCCGUUCGGUGCGAUUGAGUGUCCCGCGCAGGGAGUAGUGUGCAGUGUCCAAGUGCUCCGGGCACCCAACAAUUGCGUUAUCGGAAUCAGUGUUUCAGUGCCAAACUCGUAAGUUGGAAUGGAAUGCAACGUUGAUGGGAUUAAACAAAUGCAGCAGCCGCUCGCCGUCCGGAGUUAGCGGAAAAAGAUUUAAUCCCCCGCAGAAAUUUCCAGCUAACAAUAAUGUGAUUAUAAAUGUAAGUUUUCGCUAUUAAGUGAGUAAUACAUUCAAUAAAACAUAAUAAUAGUAAAAACGACAAUAAAAGCAUUUUAAAGAAUUCCUUAAACGACUACGCAACCAUAAUCGCGAAACGGAAAGCGGUACGCGAACGCCUUUUUCACAUAAUCGGUUUAUUAGAUAAUGAGAAACUUAAUGGAAAAUUCACGAUUUUAAGUUUUUACUUUUCAUUUUAAAUUCUUUCAAAAAUGUCGGGCUCGUCGACUACCACGAACGCGACUACCAAUGCGCAAAAGGAUUAUCUCACGUUGAAUAACCACACAAGUAGUAGCCAUCAGCAUCCGCAUCAACAUUUAAAUCGGUUGAAGAGUAAUAGUAAUAGUAGCAUCAAUAGUAGUAGUAAUAGUGGCAAUAUAACGGGCAAUAAUAGUGUUCUAAGUAAUGGUGGAAGUAGUGUGAGUAGUAAGCGAUCCUCGUUGAUAAUUGGUGAUGCAAGUUGUCCUGGAAUUGAGCCACAGCCACAACAGCAGCAAAAACAGCCAAUUCAUCAUUUGCAUCCACAUCAGCAACAACAGAAACCUUCGGGAGUGUCAAAUGGAAUGUUUGUGAUGAAUCCUUAUCGUCAAACGCAUCAUCACAAUCAUCAACGCGGCAGCAAUAAUAAUAGCAGUUUGAGCAGUGGCAGCAGUAUCAGUUCGAAUAUGAGGAAAUCUUAUCCGUCCAGUGAUCCUAGCAAUUCCAGUUUUAGUUCAGCAUCUGUAGCUGGUUCUAUACAGGACGAUAACAUGAGUGAUCAAUGUAACAACGGCAGUAGCGGUGGCCUAACACAGGCUGGCCUCGAAGAGUAUAACAGUCGAUCAUACUAUGAUCAACCGGUAUUCCAUCACCAGAAGCAGUCAUCUUAUGCACAAUCUGAAGGCUAUCAUAGUUAUGUCUCGAGUUCGGAUUCAAGUUCAGCAACUCCAUUCCUAGAUCGAUUGCGUCAGGAAACCGAACUUCUAUCAAGACAAUCGCAUCAUUGGUCGCAGAAUGACUUAUCGUCGCCAACAUCGGCUAAUAAUAAUCCAACCGGUUGCCCGACAAAUCCGACAAUUGACAAUAAUAGUAAUGAAAGCACGUCUUCAACUGAGACACUUAAGUGGUUGGGCUCAACAAGCGACAUUUCAGUAGCUAGUCACGCAACUAAUUCAUCUGCCAUAUCAGGAUCAGUUUCGUCUUCAUCACAACUGAUCGCCCACAGUUCGCGUGUUCUGACGCCCAAACGUCACAAUAGCGAAAGUGUCCUGUACAUGAACGAUGAUCAGAUGAGCGUGACGAGUGAGGCAAACAUAGUAAAUUGUAACAAAACGUCCGUUCUAUAUCAGCAGCAACAUUCGCAUCAACACUACCAUCCUCCACCAUCGACGAUAGUGUCGUCUAGCCAUCACAAGGCCAGUGGUACAGUGGAUCAUCUUCACAGUCAUCCACAUCAUCAUCAUCACUAUCAGAGCCCCUCAAGCGUGGCCUCACCGCCAACGUCUAGCCUUGGCGGUUCGGCUCCUUCGCCUGGAUCAUUGUCAUCAUUGUCGAGUUCGCCAACGUCCAUUUCGCUGUCAUCGGCGGCAACAGCGACAUCAACCGCAACCUCGACCACAGUAGUAACAGCAACUGCCGUCUCGACGUCCUAUCGUAGUAACCAUAGAUUGUUUCCUGUUAGUACCUACACUGAACCAGUUAAUGGUACUACGACGGAGUAUCAGCAUCAGGUCCACCCGACUCAGCAUCAUCAUCAAAAUCAACAACAACAGCCACAAACAGCCCAACCGCAACUGCAAAGCAAUUCACAGCAGCCGAUGACUCCCAUGAAAUUACCGUCACCACAAUCACACAAUUGGCAAUCUGUCGCAGAUCGUAUUAGUGAUUUCGAGCGUCAACAGCAGCAUUUAUCCCCAGUACCAAGCUCACAUCAUCACCAUAAUCACCAUCCACCUCAACAGCAAGCACAGCAACAGAAGUACACAUUCAUUGACCCGAGUAAAACUCAUCGCGUCCCAAAUCCAGCGUUAAAAGCCUUCCAAAAGAACGCCGUCCAAUCAUACUUUGAACGCCAACAACAGAACGCCCAUAAGGAUACCAACGGAAAAACAUCUCAGCAACCCCCGCCUUUGCCACCGCCAAACGCAAAUCAACAAAGCCGUCCACAAUCUCUAAAUCUUCCCAGCACCCAGAAGGAAGCCAUUCCACAAAUGAGAACUUCACUGCCGAACAACUGCCCGGGGUCGAAUUAUUCUAGCCCCAAAGGUCCUAGUGCCCAACAAAUUAUCAACAGUAGUCAUUUAAGAUCGCCUGUAAAUGAUGAUAGUUCUCCGUAUAUAGAAUGUGGUGGCGGAGCUCCACCACCACCGCCACCACGAUCGCGAUCCUUAAUGCCUCUUAGGAGGUCGUCAUCCGGAUCAGAGUAUGCUGAGUUUCGUGAAAGCUUCAUUCGUGCCAAGGAUAAACCCAAUUUAAGUACGGUUACGUCGCCUGAAAAGUUAUCGUUUAAUGAUUGUCGAGUGCCUCCGCCUCCACCGCCGCCACCCAGGGGGCGAGUAUCAAUGCCGGUGCGUAGAACAAGUUCUGCCUCAGAAUAUGUAGCUUUCCGGGAGAAAAAUUUGAAAGCAAGGCAACAUUAUGCGAAGGACUUCCACGGAGCGGUAAUCAUGGGUCCAAUAAUAUCGGUAGAUGAUUGGGUUCCGGAGAGACCUCCGAAAAACCCAAAUUUGCGAAUCCCAAGUCCAGAUUUGCCACCACCACCAUUAAUGGUCGUAGAUACAGAAACAAAUCUGCCGAAUCAAGAUGAACCUCUUCCACCACCUCCACCAGAAAUUCUGCGUCACAUGCGUCAAAGCUCUGAUGGCGAACAUAAACCACCACCACAAAGUCGGCGGAAUAGUUUUGCCGGAUCAACCAGUCAAAAGUCGUUAUACAGAGCAUCGACAUUUGAAAACUUGUCACCACCGAUUGUUCCGAAAAAGCCCUCUCCAGCCGACUUAAUGCAAGCCCGUCCUGCUUCAAGUAUGGCGCACUCACAUAAGGCGCAUAAGGUGAUACUGAAUGGAAAGCUGGAGAGUCCUACUUCUCCAAAGUGUCCGAAGCCACCUAGUACUCCGCAAUUGCCGGAUCCAUCGAUGCCUCGCGCUAUUGACCCGAGAGCAUCUAUAAGAAAACGAAGCCAUAAUACAUACUCAAUACCAUCACCAAGUGUUGAUGUGAAAUCAUCCUCCGGGAAAUUAAAUACUCCACACACUCCGAUUAGUGUGAAAUCACCGCCGCCGUUGAAACCAAGGAUGCCAAUAGCUGGACAGGAGAUGCGUGCGUCAUCAGUGGCCAUAAGUAGUAAAUUAAGGCGCAAUUCAAAGGCAUCAUACUUACCACGACAAACAACCGACAAACUCAUCAAUGCAACUGACCCAGAUCAUGGGAGCUACAAGCUUACCCUCACCUCGAAUGAGGACAGCAUCAAUCACAGCAGCUCAUCCUACCAUGAAGACAUCCUUUCAUCCAAAUGCAACAACCUGCCUGAUGUAUUGCCAGUGGGUGUUAAAAUGCAACCUUCGCCACCCUCGUCGUCAUCCUCAUCACCUCGCUACGGAUCCAAUAAUAACAUAAACAUGGUCACUCCACCACACACUGCACCCGCACUAAUUUCAGGAGGUUACCCAAUGAAAUCCAUGUUCCAUUUUCAGCCUCCAUCAUCACAAGCUUCACAUCAUCAACACCACAAUAAUCGCCUCGCCACAUCCCCAAUCGCCACCAGUCCACCCUCAUAUUCGAUGGCGGCUUUAAAUCGAAGCACGAGCUCCCCUAUGAAUUCAAGUGAUUCGAUCAGUCCUAAAUACAUGUCCCAGUCGACAAUUGAUUUGAAGAAAACGCAUAUUUUCGAAUCAACAGAGGAACAUGCCAAAGUACUGUCCCCCGCUCAGUCGGAAAGCAAUAUCACAGCCCAGGACAAACCUCGGUCGCCAUAUUCGUCGAAAAGAGAAUACCGAAAGGCUGAGGUUGCGCGUAAAUUGAGUUUGGAAGAUCAGAACAAAGACGAAGGCCGUAUAGUGAGAGCCGAGUUAGUAAACACAGUGCUGUCCUCAUCACCACCUACCACCAAAUCAGAAGAGAAGGCUAUUCGCAAAGACAGCCUCCGUGGAAACAUUGAAAAGAUUACUCAGUUACAGUCUAAACUCAUGUCCGCCCAUCUUGUAGAAAACGGAGCAGAUCGAACACUUCUAGGUUACACAUCGAAAACCGUUGAAAUCAAAUCCAAAAUCAUUGAGAAGGAGCCAAUCAAAACCCCUGAACCGAAAUCUCCUCCUCCUCAAACCAAAACUGUGUCUUCUCCUGUACCCGAAACACCAGAAUCCGAGAGAAUAUCACAAAUGGACACAGAAAUAGAUGGUCUAAAACUCAUGCAAAGAACUGAAAUCAUCCUGCGAUUGAACGCUCCCACCAUGGAAGCAGCCUCGCAAACAGAUGAAACCCUCGAAACAGAGCUCUCUCGCAUAAAAUUAGGAGAUGCGCCAAAACAAGAUUCGGAUGAAACCAAAACCGAAGACUUGAAAACUCCCCCGCCAAUUGAAUUGAGACCCCGUCAAAAACAUCCUGAGGAGAUUGAUUGUGAUAACCUUUCAAAGGACCUAGUAAGCCAUUUGUCCCCAUCAGAUAAGCUACAUCAAAUUUUGGCACCAAAAAUAUUCAAAUCGACCGCGGACUAUGUGAACGGUUUAUAUAAUCCAAAGAUUAUGAUGCGACCGGUUAAAAGGGAUGUUGGCACUUCAACGCCCGGGUCCAAUGAAGGUGAUACCACCCCUGCUGAUGAUAAAUCUGAUAAGUCUGUUGGCUGUGAACUUAAGAAAUCUACUAGUUUAGAAAAUUCGAUUAAGUUGGAGACGUUGAAGGAUAUGACGACGAGGAGUUCGUCACCCACUGGUGGAGUUGAGACUAAAGCAAAGAUUGUGACGAGGUUUAGUCAGGAAGUGACUUUGGUUAAUGGCGGAGAUUGUGGCGAUUUAAUGAAGAAGAAGGAGGAACUGAUCAAUCGCCUAACGAAGAAACUGUUGGUGCUUAGCAAGGAACAAACUACGAUUGCUGAAGAAAGUUCGACAAAUGACCAACUUGGGAGUGAACUUGCUACAAAGGUGGCCGAGAAAUUGCGUCCCAUUGAUGCUACAAAGUUCCGAGCCUAUAUCGAUGAUGUGGGCCAUAUAACGAUGCUAUUACUAUCGCUGUCCGGACGUCUAGCCAGAGUUGAAAACACACUUCACAAUAAUAUUGAGAAUAGUGCUGAAAAAAAAAUUCUCGAAGUGAAGCGUGAUCGACUAGCAGAGCAACUGGAAGAGGCCAAGCGACUGAAAGAGGAUAUUGAUCGUCGUGGUACUAUCGUUAGUAAAAUACUCGAGAAAAACCUGGCUGCCGACGAAAAUGCUGACUAUGAUUACUUUAUAAAUAUGAAAGCUAAAUUGAUAGUGGACUCUCGAGAGAUAGCUGAUAAGAUAAAAGUGAGCGAAGAACAAUUGAAAGCCUUAAAGGAUACUCUUGUUCAAAGUGAAUGUUAACUUGUUUUUCUUUGAUCGUUUUUGUAGGCUUUGAUUUGAUUUUUAAUCCAUAUUCUAGGAGUACUUUAAAAUGUUAUGCAAUUAUUGCGCGAUACACACUAUUACUCUUAAGCAUUUGAACGAAUAUUGUUUGAAUAUUUUUCGAGAGUCUUUAAGAAUCAAUUAUUUAGUAAUUUUCGUAGUUGUAGACAGUAGGAUACAUCUAAGUCGACGCCCCUGUGUGUUAGGGUUUAGUUUUAAUUUUGUAAUUAACUUAUGUAUGUAUAUUUUCGCUUUAAGUUUAAUUUUCAGAUCGAUUUAGAAGAAAAUACUUCAAAAAUUAAAGCUUAGUUAUGGUUUUACACUCAAAUGUAAAAAAAUCAGAAAAAUUUAUCAAUCGGCAUUUAACUUGUAAAAUUAAUUGUUUUAAAAUAUUUUUGUAAAUUUCAAACUACUGACGUUGUCGGCAGGCUCCAAAGCCUCGUUUGUAGAAAGGAGUACUAUCAGACUUUCCUAUAAAUCAAAUACAUGACUUAACACUUUAAAGGACAGGGACGAGACCUCAAGCGACUUGCGAAAGUCCUUUGUUAGAAACAAUAAAAAUAGUGACGCAUGCGCUUGUGCUGUAGUAAAAAAACGUUAAGACAAUGAUGAACCCCAUAUUCACGGAACAUCCCAUCACGGAAGUGAGAAUCAUUGUUGCAGCAACAAGUGAGAAUUCGUCAAAUAAUCUAAUAAACAAAUAAACAAUGUAUAAUAUUUAAUGUGUGUAUGUCAUUUCACCGAAUUUUGAUCGUUUUUAUAUUCUUUUCCCAAAUUUCAAUGCAUCGUUGAAAUACACUGGGAGAAAAUAUUAAAAAAUUCACACAAAAAUCAAAUGGAAACUGAAAUUUGUUAUACGAGUAAUUAUCGGUUUUGAAAGAAAAGAUACAAAUAAAGCCUAUCGUCUUGUCUCUGUCUUGAUUCCUCCAGAAUUUGUGGCUCUCCACCAAGUUUAUUAUCAGAAAACUACGUAGUAUAAUCACUCGAUACUUUUGCUGUGAAUAAACUAACUUCUGUAUACGCAAUAGUGAACUUUCAAGGACAUUUUAGAGUUUUAAAGGAACCCAGUAAUGAUGUAACGUAUCCUGUGCCUCUUAUACAGUUAGAGAUAAUCAUAUACAUAUUCUACACCUAUGCAGACAUCUCGUACAGUGAAUUUGUUAGGUGCUUUAUCAGAGUAAUGUUUGCCUUGGAAUUGCAUUUUCAUAUUAUAUUCUACGUAAAUAUUAAGGAUUCAACGCAAAGAAAGCAAAAUAACGAAGGGAAUUUUUCAUUUGUUUGUUUGCUUCUGUGUACUAAAUGAGUAAAGUAUGGGCUGCAAAAAAAUUAGUAACAAGUUGAAAAAUCUAAAAAAAUUUGCUUGAUUUUGGAACAGAGUGUAGAGAACUAUAGGGCACAGUACAUUUAUAAUUGAUAAAUAUGUAUUUUAAAAUGUAUGCCUUAAAAUAUAUUGUAUUUUGUGAUUUUAUUAUAUACUUAUUAUCAAGUUAUAAAAUAUACAAAGUGAUUGAAAAUUGAA